UGAGGUGCUCAUUGCUAGAACUUUGCGUGGAGCAAAAAUAAAUUUAAAAAUAUAUAUAUAUAUUUAAUAUACAGAAAUGGCUGGAUUUCUUCUGAAACUUGCGCUCAUCUGCACCUUCGUCGCAGUCCUAUAUGCAGCACCUGCGCCAAAGCCAGCUAGUGCCCAAGCGCGUACUUUCGGUGGCUUGGGUUUAGGCGCUGCUUUUGGUCUAGGUCUCGGUGGCGGAUACGGUGGUUAUGGUGGAUAUGGUGGUUAUCAUGGCUAUUAUGGUGGCUAUCCAGGCGGUUAUGGUGGUUAUUAUGGCCGCCCAGGUUUCGGUGGUGGUUACUACCCCGGCUAUGGCGGUCUAGGUGGCGGAUAUGGCAGUUAUGGAGGUUCCUUCAGUCAAGCACAGAGCCAGUCGCACAGUCAAAGCAAUUACUACAACGGCGGUUUUGGUGGUUUUGGUAAUGGUUUCUUAGGUUAAAGUUACUGGCGUUGUAAAACGUUUAGUUGUAAGUAGUUUUAACGCUGUGUUUUUAUAUAAAUUAAUGAAAAGUGUGUGUGAGGAUUUGUGCAAAAUAUAAAUGUUGUGAAAAUAAU